ACUUGCGAUUUUAAAUAAAAAGUAAAAACCGGAUGCUGUGCAGGGUAGACUAGUGCGUCUGGGACCACAUUCUUUCUGCGCAUGCGUGGGUAGAGGGGUAGUUUCAGUAUCAGUAAAGUCGUUGCAACUGAACUGAAGUAUGAAGCAGCGUGCACGAUGCAAGCUCUGUAAAGAAGACUUUUUUUGUCAUUUGUUGUGAUUUUGCAUUGCACUUAAUCGAGUACUUGUGUUUAUUGUGCCUUUCAACGUUUGAAGCCCGCUACAGUUAAAUUAUUGACUUUGAUGAAAACUUACUAAUUUCUCCAAUUUACGAGACAUGGAUUAUACGGCAAUACGGAAUUUCGUCAACGAUGUCAAGAAUGGGAAGAACUCGGGUCCAUAUACAGCAGAAGAAGACCGUAUCCUGCAUCACUUAAGAAACUGUAGCAUACCGUGCGCUUCUAAUGAAAACAGACACCUCACGCUGUUUAUUUGCCGACGCCUCGGAAACUUUCAAGAACCGCCGCUGAAUCUGUAUCAGUUAGUAGAUGCACUGCCUAUAAAAAAUAGAAGAAAACCUCGCUGCUCGUGGGCAUUGCUGUAUCGAUUUGUAGAUGAGAGAACUCAACAUUCCGACGGUGGCUAUAUGGUAAAACUGGCGAAUCAAGAUCUUCAAGGCACGCCCACAAACGCGCAAAUCCAAGGCAAAUUAUCAAAAGUAACGAUAGAUAAUCAGGACUUUUGGAGGAUGGUCAUUAGAAUCUUUGAAGGCCCUUGCCAUUGCGGGCCGUCUACUGAAAAAUUCGAGACGCAGCCCAAUUUGGACAUGGUUGUGGAAACCGCAGACGAAUACAGGGAAAGCUUAGAAAAUUAUCUUAAUCUUCGACUGAAGUUAAUUGUCGAUGAAGGCUGGGAGGCGGAAGGUUCGAUUGAUGAUGAGUUGAUGAUGCCUCUAUAGUCCAGUCAAAUUAGCAAAAUAAUGAGGGGGCAAUUGGGAGAAUCGAGGUGGCAAACUGAUUCUUAGUAUACUGGUUCAUAUUUAUGCCCUGAUAACGAAUCCGAGGAGUCCACUACUGUCCUGAGUGAGCUUUCCCCCAAAUUGUGGAUCUUGCACCCCCUCAAAAAAAUCAGGAUUUGACCAAUAAGUAUAUCGAAAAAUCAUUGACUAUACCUACCUUUUCGUUUUCACAAUGUGCAUAUCUGUAGGUAUGAAAUUUCCAAUUCAAUCGCAACGGACAACGUAAAAAUUUGAAAUUAAAAAAAAAAAUAGAUAUUUUUGUGUUAUUAAGGUAUGUACCUACUUAUUGUUUCGUGUUUUUCUUUUUCGUUUUUUUUGGGGGGUUUGAAAAGAAUUUACAUUUUUUAAAUCUUUACUACUUAUGGCAUAGGUAUAGGGCAAUUAUUACAAAUUCGCUCAUUUGAAGGCCUAAUGUUCGCAGAUUUGUAAAAAAUUCUUAAUGAGAACAAAAGUUUGUGGACAAAAAAAAAUAAUUAAACUCGGUAAAAUUUUUUUUUUAAUUUUGUAAUAAAUGAUUGUUUAGGUAUUUUGAAGGUACUUAUUUCUUUGACUAAAAAACAAUAAUAAAAUUUAUUUCUUAGAAAAAAAAAAACUGAAAGAUCUGCAGUGUUCUUUAUUAAUUUUUUGAAAUCAGUUUACAUUUUGUACAUUUGCUGUAUUGGUGAAUAAACGAUAUGAAUUUAUAGGUACAUAUUAUUACAUUAUUAAGAAAUUAUCAUCUUCAAGCACCUUAUAGAGUAUUACCAUCUUGAAGUGGAAGUCGUAGGUCUAUUUUGUUACCUAAGUUUAUUGUAAUGUGAUAUAAGAAUUCGAUUUCGUUUUAUAAUUAUUUGUAUGUGUAUAGGAUAGAAUAGGUAAUACUUUUUCUCGUUCUUUGUGUGUACAAUAUUUCAGAUUAUAAAAUUAGAAUCGAAAUAUACAUAUAUUUGUUUAGUACGAUUUUGCUGAUUUCAACGUAUGUACUUUUGAUGAUGUACUUUCAAAUUUAAGAAUAAUUAUAUUCAUACUCAGAUUCCUUAUUCACAUAAGAAGUUGACGAUUUACAUGUUUCAUUGAUAAAAUAUCAAGUAUUUUUCGUAGGAAUGGUGCCUCUGCUAUUCAAGUUUGGUUUGUACUAUUUUAAUUGAAUACUUAUAACUUGAAAACAAAAAGAUAGGAUGUUGACCACUGUGAAUAUUUCAAAAAUCAGCGAGCUUAUCUCGGUUCUUUUAAACAUUUUUUUCCUUGUAUUAAUGUUUUUAGACCAAAACCAGAAAAUACAUUAUUAAAAAAAAAAAAAAAAAAAAAAAA